CGCUUGUCAUCAAACCCCGUGUAUCCUUUUCUAACCCUAAAUUUUUUUUGAUUGCCUAUUUAAAGCCCCCCAAAUCGAGUCCCUCAAUUCCAUCCAUCCAUCGAUCGAUCGAUCUUUAGGGUUUCCUUUUGGUCCUUGUAGCUGUUCCCCCCACCCGAUUCUUCUUCUCUAUUUCGCCCUUUGAUCCGCCGAGGAGGAGAAGGGUUCGGAUUCUUGCUCCCUGCUCAAAUUCAUUGAUUGAUUUGUGAAUGUUUUAAUGGAGUCUAAAGGUGGCAAGAAGAAGUCUAGUAGUAGUAGUAGUUCCAUGCAAUACGAAGCUCCCCUAGGCUACAGCAUUGAAGACGUUCGACCAAACGGAGGAAUCAAGAAGUUCAGAUCUGCUGCUUACUCCAACUGCGUCAGGAAGCCGUCUUGAUAGCCCUACUGUUCGACCUCAGUAGUUUAGGGUGUCUAGUAUUUCCAUUCUGAAUUCUGUCAAUAAUUUACUUUCUGGCUAGCUGCUUUCUAAUAACCAAACCAAUCUCUCAAUCCCUCCCCUUGUUUCUCUCUGUUCUCUCUCUUUCCAACCAAUGACAAUCAUGAAUACCUCUCCAAUCGGGUUUGAGGGCUUUGAGAAGCGCCUAGAAAUCACAUUCUCCGAGGCCCCCCUCUUUGUAGACCCACACGGUCUUGGCCUUCGCGCUCUUUCUCGUGCACAAAUCGAUUCAAUCUUGGAUCUUGCCUUUUGCACCAUCGUUUCCCAGCUCUCAAACAAGGACUUUGACUCCUAUGUCCUCUCUGAGUCGAGCCUUUUCGUUUACCCAUACAAGAUAAUCCUUAAGACCUGUGGCACUACAAAGCUCCUCAUGUCAAUUCCAAGGAUCCUCGAACUCGCGUCUGAGAUCUCACUUACGCUUAUGUCUGCUAAGUACUCUCGUGGCACCUUCAUCUUCCCAGGAGCUCAGCCUUCUCCUCACCGUAGCUUCUCAGAGGAGGUUUCCACCCUUGACCAAUUCUUCGGCAAGCUUUCAUCUGGUGGAAAUGCCUAUGUCAUUGGAGAUCCAGCAUCACCAAACCGAAACUGGCACAUUUAUUAUGCCACCAAUAAGCCUGAGCUUCCAAUGUUGACUCUCGAAAUGUGCAUGACUGGACUCAACACCGAGAAGGCAUCGGUCUUCUUCAAGAGCAACCCGGAGUUAUCUCAGACCAUGAAGAUGACUGAGCUAGCUGGAAUCUCGAACAUUAUUCCUGAAAUGGAAAUAUGCGAUUUUGAGUUCGAGCCUUGUGGGUAUUCUAUGAAUGCAAUCUGUGGACCGGCUGAGUCAACCAUCCAUGUCACUCCGGAGGAAGGGUUCAGCUAUGCAAGCUACGAGGCCAUGGGAUUUGACCCCAUGAAGCUAGAUUUUGGCGCUUUGAUUGAGAGGGUCCUCGACUGCUUUGGGCCCACUGACUUCUCUGUUGCUGUGACCAUCUUUGGUGGUCGUGGGUUAGCGGGCCCCUGGGGCAAAAGCGUCAACGUGGAUGGAUACAAGAGUAUUGAUACAGUUGAGCAAGAGCUUGCUGGUGGUGGUCUGCUGAUUUAUCAGAGCUUCUCUCAAUCGGUGGCAAUGGUGGGUUCUCCGAGGUCCACCCUUCACUGCUGGGAUGGAGAGGAGUCUGAAGAGGAUAAGGAGAAGGAUUUGAAGGAGAAGGGAGGAUUCUGAGAUGAUGGUUUCUAAGCUUUAUUUAAGGUUUGUGUCGGUUCUCUCGUGUUAGUUUUUGGCUAUUGGAGCAGCAAAGCCAGUUUGUUUUAGCGUCUAUGGUGUGUUUGUGUCUGAGAUUUGCAGAACGAGGCAGAGUCUGAAUAAAAAGGCUUGUGGUGUGGCCUGAAGCUUCUUCUGUUUGUCUUGUGUCGAAUCUCGUGUCGAACCGGAUUAUGUAAUAAGAGCUCUGUAGCAAGUGAUGUUUGUGCUACAAGGACCCAAAAAACCUGUGUUAAGUGAAAAUCCUGGAUGUUGUUUGCGGA